AUGAAACUUGGAAGAUUAAUAAAUAUUUUUCUUUUACAAUCAAUUUCAACUCCUGGUUUCAAUGAAGAAGCUAUAAAAAAUACUAAUGAAUUAUUCGAAAAAUUGGAUAGUUACUGGAAUUUGCUUAAAAAUUCUCAAUCAUGUAAUGAUAAUUGGUUUGAAAUGGACUUGUUACCAUGGAUAAAUAGGUUUAUGACGGAUAAUAUUUCAAUUAUAACAACUGGUGAGCAAGGUUGCUCAAUGGCAUCAUAUUAUAAUACAUUAAACUCUGAGAAAUUUAAACUUGAAA